AAUACAGUUUUUAUUCCACAGAGCUCUGUUCUUGCAGGAGCCUUUUGCAAACCUUGAAGAUGAGGUUUGAGAGUAUUCUGGAGGAGAUUGACGGCUUCGGGCUGUUCCAGCUGGUGAUCAUGGUGCUGCUGGUGACCCCCCGGGUCGUGCUGCCCUGCCACUACCUGCUCAGCAACUUCAUCGCCGCGGUGCCCGCUCACCGCUGCGACCUGCGCGCCCUGGAGGACGGAGGCCUGUUCGGGAACCUCACCCAGGACCAGCAGCUGCUGGUGGGCAUCCCUGCAGCUGCAGGAGAGAGCGGGGAGCCGCAGUCCUGCCACAUGUUUGCAGAGCCGCACUUCCAGCUCCUCUACAACGGAUCCGGGGGCCCCGGCGGCCCCGGCGGCCCCGGGGGCGCGGAGCCCCGCACGGAGCAGUGCCAGAGCGGAUGGGUUUAUGACAACUCCACCUUCACCUCCACCAUAGCAACAGAGUGGGACCUCGUCUGUGAUAGGAAGAGUCUGACCAAAGCCACCAGCACCAUCUUCUUCUUUGGAGUGAUGUUGGGAUCCAUCACCUUUGGAUACGUCUGUGAUAAGUAUGGGCGGAGGAAGACUCUUCUGGCCUCCUACGUCACGUCCAUGGUGUUUGGCAUUUCCAGUGCGUUUUCAGACUCCUACAUCCUGUUUUCUGUGCUGAGGUUCCUGACGGGGUUCAGUCUGACGGGCAUCACCAUCAACUCCGUGGUUCUCAGUAUCGAGUGGGUGGACACGGGUCACAGGUCCACCAUGGGCGUGAUCGGCAGCCUGGCCUGGUCUGUGGGCAACAUGCUGCUGGCUGGCCUCGCCUUCCUGGUGACGGACUGGAGGCUGCUGAUGGUUACUGUCACCGCCCCGUUAGGACUGGCCGUUCUGACCUGGUGGUGGGUUCCUGAAUCUGCCCGGUGGCUUCUAGUCAACGGUCAAGUGGAACAGGCCCAGUUUUACCUUGAGAAAUGUGCAAAGUUGAACAAAAGACCAAAGUUGUCCCUUUCAAAACUUGAGGCUCUUUCCAACACAGAGAUGCUGGAGAAGCAGGACACAAACUACAACUACUUUCAUCUCAUCAAAACCCCUAAAAUGAGGCGGAUGACGUUACUGUUAGGGGUCGUGUGGUAUGGCAUUGCCUCCACGUAUUAUGCAAUCAGUCUGAACAUCACGGGCUUUGGUUUGAACGUGUACCUCACGCACUUCAUCUAUUCAGCUGUAGAAGUUCCUGCCAAGCUGAUGAUUUAUUGUUUGCUCAACAUCGUUGGACGGCGGAAGUGUCAGUCAGGGACCAUGAUACUUACAGGAGUCUGCGUCGCUAUCAACAUCUUUCUCCCCAAAGGUCUGUGGCAUGUGCGUUCUGUUAUUGCCAUUCUGGGAAAAGGUCUUUCAGAAGCCGCUUUCACGACCGGUUUCCUCUACACAACCGAGCUGUACCCCACAGUCAUCAGACAGAACGCGUUGGGCUACACCAGCUUCAUGAGCCGGGUGGGAGUGUCGGUGGCUCCUCUCAUCCUGAUGCUGGAGGACUUCUGGACGCCUCUUCCUCAGGUCAUCACCUGCUCAGUGGCCCUUGUUUCCGGGCUGGUCGCCCUGCUGCUUCCAGAAACUCUGAACCUGAGACUGCCGGAGACUAUUGAUGACAUUGAAAAACCAACCGUUUAAAGUCCCCCGUUGAACUGCAGGUUUAGUGGAGCUUUGGCGACAUCUAGUGGACGCUUUGAGAAUGACAGACGCUCCUCUAUCAGAAACACAUUGAUUGACUUCGUUACACAAUGUCCACUUUUUUAUGUGCUUUGGAACACUGUUUACCUUUGAUUGAAAUAACAAACACAUUAAAUCAUAUGAGAAACAACCCAAUAUAAAUUGAUAGAAAACCAAUAGAAAUAAACUAUUUCCUCUUUUAAGAAGCAAUAUAAUGUUAUAAUGUAUGUUAUAGAAGUUAUUUAAAAAAUAUUUAAAAGGCCUGCGCUGAGAUUUUGAGGGGAACUGUGAUGUAAAGUGAUGUGUAUUUAAGCUGUAAGUUGUGAAAAUAUUCAAAUCAUCCUGGUAUUUUUCAUUCAUUUAUUUUAAUUUCAGAAGAAGUGCUGUCUCUUCUCAUACUCCUGAGUCCUCAGGUAUUUUCCUGGGAGCAAAGAACAUGACAAGCUCUGAUGUGUGAUGAGAAGAGGAAAACAAAGAUCAUUUUUCUCUUCACUGGCUUUUGGAAAUGUGGAAAUAAAGUUUAUGGAAGUACGAGCGCUGUUAUCAUGUCCAGAACAGCUUUUUCUACUUUUUAUUUAGAAAAAACGGUAAAUAUGUGAGAAUGUAAGAAUUAUUAUACACAAAAAGAUUAUUUUUUUAAUGUACAAAGUGGAUAAAACACACUAGAGACUGGCUUGGCUACAAUGUUAUUUAGUUUCAGAUAUAAAGAUAUUUCUGCUCCUUUUCACUGCUCAAUGAAUGUGAUGUAUUGAUAUCAUUUGAUUACAUAUUAACACAUUUUGAAUAAAAUGAAGGGAACUG